CCCAAGAUGAGGCUUGAAGCCCCCUCCGGAGCUACUCCUCCUCCCUCUUCUCCUUCCUCAUUCGAGAAGCUUCGAGCUUCUUCUUUCCCCUUCUAAACCGCUACGCUUCUUCCUCUUCUUCUUCUAACUACUGCUGCUAGGGUUUCGAAGCCAUGGUGGGGACCUCGUCGUCGUCGUCCUCCUCGUGCGCCUCGUUCGGCUCCUUCGACGACAUCUCCGCCGCCGCCACCGCCAAGACCUCCUCCGCAGCCGCGGCGACGGGGACGAUCAAGUUCCUCUGCAGCUAUGGCGGCCGCAUCCUCCCCCGUUACCCCGACGGAAAGCUCCGCUACGUCGGCGGCGACACCCGUGUCCUCUCCGUCCACCGAUCUCUCCCCUUCCAAGAGCUAGAAGCGAAGAUGAAGGAGAUGUGUGGGUGGGAGAAGGUGUACCUGCGGUGCCAGCUCCCGACCGAGGACCUCGACGCGCUGGUCUCCGUCACCUCCGACGAGGAUCUCGCGAACCUCGUGGAGGAGUACGACCUCGCGACCCGCGAUCGCCUCCUCCCCCUCAAGAUCCGCGCCUUCCUCCUCCCCCCUCCGCCCCCGCCCCCGAAACCCUCCACCAAAACCCCUAGUCCCCCCUCCACUUUCCCCAUCGCCGCCUCCUCCUGCUCCGCCGCCGCCGCGAGGAGCAUCUCCCCCUCCUUCCACUCCCACGCCUCGCGCGCCCCGCUCCCCGCCGAUCUCCGCUUCUUCCUCCACCCAUCCGCCGCCGCCGCCGCCGCCGCUCCGCCGAGGUUCCACCCG